CUUAACUGUUAUUUACAAACAUAAGAAAUUGAUGUGGUGGCCGGUAUUUUGACAAGUUUUGAAUGGUUUAAUUUCAUAUGCAUAUUACACCUUUGAAUCAUGGCUUCAAAACGUGCUAGUGAAAAGGGCCAAAGUGAUUCCAAAAAGCCUAAAACUGGCCAUUGGAGUCAAGGUCUUAAAGCAUCAAUGGAAGAUCCAAAUCUCAUUGUAGAUUCUGAUGACCUUGUAGUUAUAAUUAAAGACAAAUAUCCCAAAGCACAGCAUCAUUAUCUUAUCUUACCAAAAAGGAAUAUUCCUAGUUUGAAAGCAGUCAAUAAAAGUGAUUUAUCCCUUCUAAAACAUAUGCAUGAAAAAGCUGAAGAAUUAUGUACUAAGAACAAUGACAAACAUAAAUUUCAAAUUGGAUAUCAUGCAGUUCCAAGUAUGAGUCACUUGCAUCUUCAUGUGAUUAGUCAAGAUUUUGAUAGUCCAUGUUUGAAAACUAAAACUCAUUGGAAUUCUUUUACGUCUGAAUAUUUUAUAAGCUCUAAAAAAUUAAUAAAACAAUUGGAAUCUACUGGUCAGAUAAAAUUAAUGGAUUCUAAUGAAGCUAAAGAGUUGUUAAAGCAAUCUUUAAGAUGCCAUAUUUGUAAAAAAGAAUUACCUACUAUGCCAAAAUUAAAAGAACAUAUCAAAGCAUGUAUAAAUAAGUCACUGUGAUAAGUUAUAAAAAAUAAAUUUC